GCGCGGUGAACCUAUGUGGUGAGUGCACCUAUAGUCCUCCUGCGAUGCUCCCGCUGACUCUCCUAGCCUUGGCCUACUCGCUGGCGGGCCCUCGUCGGUACGACGGGCGCGGGCGGCGAGGUCUCAGUCGGCAGGCCCUCGUCUUGUGCGCACCUCGGCCUCUGACGCCACGGCAGCUCAAUGGCCGCAUCGCAAACGCAUCGACGGUGGACGGCAUUCUGCAGCUGCACGCUGCGCACGGUGACGCGCUCGAUGACAUCAACCUCUCCACGUGCUGGUCGAGGCUUGGCCGGAUCGCCAAGAACGCCGACCGGCGGCGGCUGCUGCAGGACCCCGCGCUCCUCGCGCCGCUGGCCAGGCAGACGGCGGCGGCGCUCGACGACUGGGACCUCUUCCGGCGCGAGGAGCUGACGCAGCUCCACGUGUGGUGCUUGUGGCAUUCGCUCGAGUGCGGCCAAACAGAGGGCAUGCCGAGCGAGGGCUUGCGCAGGCGGUGCCACGCCGAGUUCACGGCGCAGCAGGGCCGCCCCUCGCGCCUGCAGAGGCACGUCGGCGCCGCGCUCUUCCGCCUCGUCGGCUCUCGCCCGCGCGAGGAGGUGACCAUCCCCGAGGGGUACAGCCUCGACUACCUCGUCGAGCGGGGCGCUCGCGUGGCGGUCGAGGUGGACGGGCCAUCGCACUACGCGGCCGCGAGCGCGACGGCGAGUGCGGCGCAGCACCGCGCGCCCUCGAGCGCGACGCUGCUCAAGCGGCGGCAGCUGCGCAGCUUUGGGUGGAGGCUGGUGUCGAUCCCGUACUUUGAGUGGGACCAGCUGCACGCCGCGAAGGGCUCAACGGCGGAGCUGCAGAGGCGGUACCUCGCAGCCGCGCUCGACGAGGCGGUCGCAGAGACAGUUGUGGCCGGUGUUUCUUGAUAUGUACGAAUGUACGCGCGCGUGAAGUCGAGUCGUGUGUGAGAUGGGCUAUUAGCCUGUGGUAGUACGUUUGAUGGCAAGGCAUACGUGGUAUUGUU